GAUUUCAUUAUUGUUAUCUAAUUGUCAACUUACUUGAGGAAUUACUCAAAGUUGAUGCUUGUCAAUGCUUCGAAGUGUACCUUCAAGGUCCAGGCACUUACGGCGCAAUGUCAUCUAUCGCAGACUUAAUAUAGUUGCCAGUCGGAGGGUUUUUAUUUCAACAGCUCGACCUGCCAUUUCUUCCAAAUUCCCUGGACAAUCUAGAAAUCUAAGAAGCCUUUUACACACAAGAUCGGAGAGCAAAAAUGAAUUUCUAGACGAUACAAUAUAUGCGCUUUCCACGGCGCCUGGCAGAGCCGGGAUAGCUAUCAUACGUAUAUCUGGCUCCGCAUGCCUCGAUAUCUAUCAAAGCUUGUGUCCGUCUAAAUCAAUUCCAAGACCACGAUAUGCCGCUGUCAGAACUCUAUAUGAGCCGGCGAACUCAAUUCCAAAUAUUCUCGAUUCCGAUGCUUUGGUUCUUUAUUUCCCUGCUCCGAACACCGUUACUGGUGAGGACGUCCUCGAAUUACAUGUUCAUGGAGGAUCGGCUACAGUCAAAGCAGUUCUAAGCACAAUUUCACAAUGUACAUCGGCUGCGAAAAUCCGAUAUGCCGAACCUGGAGAAUUCACACGUCGAGCAUUUCAGAAUGAUAGGCUAGACUUGGCGCAAGUGGAAGCAUUGAGUGAUACGUUGUCUGCAGAGACAGAGCAACAAAGACGUGCUGCUGUGCGAGGAAAUUCUGGGAAGCUUGGUCGUACAUAUGAAGCAUGGCGAGAACAAUUGCUAUAUGCGCGGGGGGAAUUAGAGGCAUUGAUUGAUUUUUCCGAGGACCAACAUUUCGAUGAAUCACCAGCAGAGCUAUUAUCGAAUGUUACAGCUCAAGUCGAGACUAUGUUGGAAUUGAUUGCCGCACAUGAGUCAGCGAGUCAUCGGGGAGAAUUGCUCAAGAAGGGAAUUAGGAUUGCUCUACUAGGACCACCUAAUGCUGGCAAAAGCUCCCUACUUAAUCAAAUCGUUGGUAGAGAAGCUUCGAUUGUUAGUCAAGAAGCCGGAACUACUCGAGAUAUUGUGGAGGUUGGUUUAGAUAUUCGUGGGUACCUUUGCACGUUUGCAGAUACAGCCGGUUUGAGAACUCAAGCUUCUCAAAUUGGAAGCGGCAAUAAUGACUCAAUAAUCGGGGAUAUAGAGAGAGAGGGUAUUCGAAGAGCAAAAUCAAAGGCAAAUGAGUCAGACCUUAUUGUUGCUCUCGCCAGUAUAGAGUGGUCAGAUAUUCGGAACGGGUGGGAAAUUCGCUACGAUCAAGAAACAUUUGAAAUAGCGGCUCGAGCCUCGAAAUUCAUGAUCGUUAUUAAUAAAUCUGAUUCAGUCACCCCUGAAAUACUGUCAGAACUUAUAAAUGACUUCAAAGAGUCCCAGAAAGGCAAAUUCGAUCAAUAUCCCGUCCCAUUGAUGUCAAUUUCAUGUAAAGAUGCACAAGGAUUAACGAAUAAAGGAAGUAUUGGUCAUUUCGUCGACGAAAUGGUAUCUGUUUUCAGUAAUAUGACAUCUCUUCCGACUGAACUUGUGGAUUUGCUCGGUGUUACUGAACGUCAGCGGCAGCUUCUCACAGCCUGCUCAGCUCAUUUAUUAGACUUUAUGAAUGAAGCGCAAGAGCAUGUCGAUCAUGACCAAGAAGCGGAUAUAGUUUUGGCGGCUGAGCAUCUAAGAUCCGCAGCCAAUUGCUUGUCACGAAUUACAGGCAGGGGUGAAGCUGGCGAUGUUGAAGAAGUUCUGGGUGUAGUCUUUGAAAAAUUUUGUGUUGGCAAGUAGACACGAGACGGGAAUCAAGACGCAGACUUACAAGGUAGACAAUAGAAAUUAGAUGAAGAUACAGAUUGAUUUAUCUUUGCUAAGUAGAAAUGUAUAUGUUUUAAUGAUACAGAAAGUAUGAACCGAAGAAGUGGUAGAAGAAAAAGAAGCUCUAUGUAACACCCGCGAAUGCCAAAAGAUCGGAAAACUCCAUCGAAUGCAUCAUGAUUCAUCCCUCAAUCAAUGUUCCUUUAAUCCCUCCAAUCCCAAUCUUUAAAUUACAACAUCGCUCCCAAUUGUGACUCCUCCAAAUUGUCGUCAACUCUGUUCCACCACACCCCCGACGUGCAUGCGGCCUGCAAUGCAACCAAACUCGCCAAUCUCAAUUGCCAACCCCAACAUGUUGGAUCUAUGGUAACGAAGAUGCGUAAUAAAAAGUCUCGGAAUAUGCUGGAAGAAAUUUGAAAGGAAAGAAGGAAAAGAAAGAAGAAGCAAAUAAAAUGAUAACUCCGUGUGUAUGCUGUCGUGUGUAUGCUGAUAAAUCUAUGCGUUGCGUUUUGAAGGAAGAGAAGAAAAUGGAAAGUGAAGGUAAACCCGUGAGGGUGAAACACUCUCUUUUUGAAAUGUGUCGAAAGUAAAAGCCUGUGUAGAUGCGAAUGCCAUAUAGAAGAAGAAAUGUAUGCAAAUCUAUAACCCCGGAAAAUGCUAUGAUGUAGUCGUGAGACUAAUGUGCUGUGUUGCCAAUCUAAAAGUCUAUAGUAUGCUGUCUGUGCUAUGCAGAUAAGAUAGAUCGCUGAAUCGCUCGAAAUCAAACCGCUGAAAAUGAUAUGGAUAUGAUGUGAUGAAGGGGUUUAACCGAAUAAAUCUUUAUCAAGUUAUCCGAUCACGAUAAAGAAACGAGGGGAUGAAAUAUUUAGUUAUAUCCACCUCGUCCAUCUUCUUCCUCAUCAUCAUCCCCGCGACGGAGAGAAUAGAUGGUAGGACGGAAGCUGUCUUCA